AAGGUAGUAAAUAAAUGAGAAUGCAGGUAUGCAGCUUAUCUCUACAAUGGCCUCUUCAUCACAUGUCGCCAAAUUGUUUAGGUACAGUGUCUCUUCAUAUUUACAUAAAUACAAAUCUCUCUCUCUCUCUCUCUCUCUCUCUAAACCACAUCUUCCUCUCCACCGUUCUUUCUCUUCCCUCUCUCUCUCUCUGGACUUCAACUUCUGGAGAAGUACAAGACAUUUAUAAAGCACUGCUCAUCACCCAACACUAACACAAUUGUCAAAAGGUGUGGUGGAAGGAGAAUCUAUUACUUCUAUCUGGAUAUCGAUCAGUCAAUCAAAUCAAACCCUCCUCUCUCUUACUACUUUUUUUUUGUUUAAAAAAGAAAAAGAAAAAGAGUCCAUGUCGAGCAUGUCCAUGUCGUCCUCCUCAGCUCCAGCUUUUCCACCGGACCACUUCUCAUCUUCCGAGCAGCUCUGUUACGUCCAUUGCAGCUUCUGCGACACUGUCCUUGCUGUGAGUGUUCCUCCGAGUAGUUUGUUCAAGACCGUGACGGUGAGAUGCGGCCACUGUUCGAACCUUUUGUCGGUGACUGUAAGCAUGAGAGCUCUUCUUCUUCCCUCCGUUUCCAACCUUGGCCAUUCCUUUUUACCUCCUCCUCCUCCUCCUUCUCCUCCCAAUCUUUUGGAGGAAAUGCGAAGCGGAGGGCAGAAUAUAAACAUGAACAUGAUGAUGAGCCAUCACGGCGCAGCUCACCACCCGGACGAGUCUUUGGUUAUGCCGACUCGCAACGGUAGAGUGGAUCAUCUGCAAGAGAUGCCUCGGCCACCAGCCAAUAGACCAGCCCCAGAGAAGCGACAAAGAGUACCAUCUGCAUACAACCGAUUCAUCAAGGAGGAGAUCCAACGUAUAAAGGCAGGCAACCCUGAUAUCAGCCACAGAGAAGCCUUCAGUGCUGCUGCCAAAAACUGGGCUCAUUUCCCUCACAUACACUUUGGUCUCAUGGCUGAUCAUCCUCCCACCAAGAAGGCUAACGUGCGCCAACAGGAAGGAGAGGAUUCGAUGAUGGGAAGAGAUCGAGAAGGCUUUUACGGCUCAACUGCCAACGUUGGGGUGACCCAUAACUAGCUUAGCUAGCUACGACUUUCUCAAUCUUUAAUCUUCAAAAAAUGUGGUUAAUUUCAGCUCAAACUUAACUUAUUAUUACUAUUAUGAAAUUUGAUAAUCGAUCAGGAGACAUUUUUUGUUUUAGAAAUUUUUGGAACUAAUAGUAUAAUUUUCGCUUGGAAUUGUGAAGGUAUUUUUUUUU